UCUAAAUGAAAGGUGAAGUAAUCAACUUAGAUCCUGAAACUAAUCCUAAACUAAAGGAAAUAUUGGAUUUACUUCUUUUAGCUGGUUAUUUUAGAAUUCGUAUUCCAUCAAUUAAACCAUUUGAUAAAGUAUUAUUAUUCCUCUCUAAAAUUAAUAGAUUUUAGGUGGACUUAGUUGGUGUAUCACUCAAUCAAAUUUUGCAAUUGAUAUUUAAUAUAAUGAUGACUAUAAUAUUGGACAAAAAAUCAAAGUUUCUGAAUAAAUUGUGAAAUCUUUAAUUGAAAUGCAAUGUCCUUAUGCUCUUUAACCUCAUUAAAUAUAAGGUCUAGAUUUAAAUGCCAUAUAUCCAGUUAUUAAGUGGCUUAUUAAAUUUGUUUUAGAAACAAGAGAAUUUAGAUAAGAUUAAAAUUAUAGAGUAAGUAAAUUAGUUGGUAAAAAUGCUAAUUAAACCUUAUAUUAUUAAGAUUAAGAAGAAAAAAAGGCAAUCUAAGAAAUUGUAUCAUAAUUAGAUUUAUUAUAAGAUAAUAGAUAAACUAAAAAUUUAAAAAGGUUAUCAAAAAAAGACCCUUUACGUGUAUAUUCUACAUUAAUUGAAUAUGGAGAUUUAUCAAGUUAAAGAACAUAUAACAAAUUUUGUGCUUUAAUAUCAGGAAUUUAAAAAUAAAAACAACAAGGAAAUUAGUAAAAUGUAAGUGCUGUUAAUAAUAAAUCACAAUUGAAUUCAACAUUAGCAUUUUAAUAAAAUUUAUUUGUAGAUGAAGUUUAAGAAAAGAAAACAACAAACUAAAAUUAAAAUUAAUAAGUAACUUUGGAAUAAUUAACAAAUUUACAGAAAGAGAAAAUAUAGUAAGCAUAAGCAUAAAUAAAAGAAAUGUCUUAAAUAGCUGGUCCAUCUGCUGAAGCAACUUUGAAUGAAGAAGAAGGUAGAAAAUUUCAGAAAUUAUAAAGACGUAAUUCUAUUGCUGGACAAUCAUUAUCAUAAUUGAUUUCUAAAGAAAAAAUUGCAGAAGGAUUAAAAUAGUAAAAUUAAGAAGAAGAAGAUCAAGAAGUUGUAAACACAGUAAACAUAAAGUUACAAGAGAAAUUGAUUUUAGAGUAAUAAUUUAAAUUACAAUAACAAAAUCUUAACAAUCUUGAAAAGGCAAUAGAAUAAGAUAUGGUUGAAGUAGAGUAAUUAGAAUAAUAGAACAAUUAAUUAUAAUAAUAAAUAAAUGAAGAAAAAUCACGUCUUAGUAAAAUUGUGGAAGCAUUAAAAGUAAUUGAGACAAAAACAAAAAAAGCAAAUUAAGUUGAUAUAAAAAGAGCAGAAGAAUAAGUUGCAAAAAAAUUAGAAUUAAAAGAAGAGAAGACAUAAUUAAAAAAAGAAAUUAAAUAAGAAUAAUAAAAAAUAGAAAGAGAAAAAGAGGAAGCUAUAAAGAAUAUGCCAUAAGAAAAUGAUUAGGAAAUAUUUAAGGAAAUGAAAGCAUAAUACAAUUAAAAGAGGGAAAAGUUUGAAAAGAAAUUUUAAUAAUUUUAACUUUUAAAUUAGGAGAUUGUAGUUUUAGAAAGAAAGCUGGAAUCUUUUCCAUAACCUUCAGAAAUAGCAUAAUAUCAUUAAAGAUUUUUAAAAUUGUAUGAUUCAAUUAAUGAAGAGAUGGAAUCAAAUAAAAAAUUAUUAUCAAAAUAUAACAAUUUGUUAGAAGUGAAAUAGUUGGCAGCUUAAUUUGUAGAUAUUUAUAGAACUUUUAAAGAGAAUUACACUAAUAAUUUAAAGGAUAAAAAAGGAAAAAUAGAAUUAUAGUAAAAUUUAGAUUCUACAUACAAAGUAUGAUAUUGAGUAUGCUUUAGCAAUUAUAAAAAUAAUUAUAGCUUUAUUAAGAAAAGUUGUAAUAGUCUGAAAACAAAAGAUAAAGCAAUUUAGAAUAGUAUAGAUAAGCAUUAGCAAUAGAGAGAGAAUAUUACAAAUUAUUGAAGGAAAUAAAAUUUGAAUAUGAAAAAUACGAAUAAUAUACAAAUAAAAAUGAAUGA